AAAUCUAAAUUUUCUGUCUAUCCACACACACACACACACAUUGUUCCACACACAUUGUUCCGUCAUCAAAAUCCAACAAUAUCAUAGAACAACACAAAAAUGGUGUUAACUUCAAUUUCAACAAUAUCUUCACCAUCAUCAUCAUCAUCUUCAUUCUUCUCUGAUUCACCAUCAACUUCCAAAGCUUUUCCUUCUUUUCUUGUUGGAUUUCCAAAACCACCCUUUUCAAAUUCCACCCUCAAAAUCAAAACUUGUUUUGCUUCAUCAAUUCAACAAGAAAAUGGGUCACCAGAACAGUUUCUACAAAGCAAUUCCAUUGCUGAUUUCAUGAGGUUCAAGAAAGGAAUUGAUGGUUCUACUGGUUUGUUGCAGACUGCUGUUGUUAAAUAUAAGAAGAAGUUUCCUUGGUCUCUUUUGAAGCCAAAUCUUCAGGUUGAUUUGAUUUCAACAAUUCACAUAGCUGAUGAAGAGUAUUUUCUGGCCCUCCAGAAGGAGCUUGAAUCCUACGAUUGUGUCCUUUAUGAAAUGGUAGCCAGCAAGAAAACUUUAGAGAAAAUGAGAAACCCUAAGGCUAAAAAAAGGUUAAAAAGAUCACAAACUAGAGGUUUUAACAUUAUUGGAUGCAUCCAAAGACAGAUGGCUCAAAUUCUCAAGCUUGAUUUCCAAUUAGAUUGUCUCAAUUACCAGUCUGAAAAUUGGCAACAUGCAGAUCUUGAUUAUGAGACCUUCCAAUUACUCCAGGAAGCAAAAGGUGAAAGCUUAUUUUCUUUUGCAAAGGAUACGACUCUUAGAUCUACAAAGGCGAUGUUGCAGCCUUCGAUUCCAGAAGAUCUUGAUCCGUGGAGAUCGAAGCUUUUAUGGGCUUCACGUGUACUUCCUAUGCCGCUUGUUGGCCUUUUUCUCAUCGGAAGCGUUUGUGCAAAUGUGGGAAGUCCAGCAUCAGAAUAUCCAGAAAUAGAGGCGUUGUCAAGGCUUGAUGUAAGUGCAGCGAUGAAGCUCUUCCUUGCAAAGAGUCUAACAUCUGACUUGACACAAAAUACGGCAGAUGUGGAGGAGAAAUCUGUUAUAAUCGGUGAGAGAAAUCGAGUUGCAAUCGAGAACCUCAGAAGAGCAAUGGACAAGGGACAAAAUAAGAUUGCCAUACUUUACGGGGGCGGCCACAUGCCGGAUCUUGGAAGGAGAUUGAGGGAGGAGUUCGAUUUAGUCCCGUAUGGUGUGGAGUGGGUAACAGCUUGGUCCAUAAGGAAAAGGAAACUUGAUACAAGUUCACUUCCGUUUCUGAAGACAAUGGCUAGGGCUUCAGGUUGGCCGUUGAACCGUUAUCAGACAUUGGCCUUGCUCAUCUUUUCGUCGAUCUUGGCGGUGGAUCUGUGGUUUUGGGAGCUAUUCUUUGGCACCAUGGUGACUUGGGUCUCUGAUGUUACCACAGAAAUUCUUCGGUAUGUUGGUAAUUAAAAGAUGAUAUGAUCAUUGGAUUCAGAAAAUUCAUACUAAUUACUAAUUAUAAAAAAAAACUUGUAUGUGACAGUGUACAAAUGAAAAGUUUUAUCAACAAAUGUAAAAUUCUAGCUAUUCCCAUUUCUCAAAGUUUUAAGAGCUACCUCUUUGGGGCAUGGAAAUGGGAAUAUGCAUGUAAUCAUAAGAAAUGGAAAACAUAAAUUUCCUCUCCCCAUUUGUUUCACUUUGGUCCUAGAUUAAUUAUUUUCCUUAUGAUUUCCUGAUUUACA